AUGGCGAGGCGAGUUGUCGAGUUGAAUCUGCUGCUGAGGACGGCCGAGUGCCUUGAGAUGUGCAAGAUGGAGCAGUGGACCGAGAAGGAGGAUGUGCCAUCGGCUGAUCUGGAGACACACGUGCUGAGCGAUGACGAAGAUUCCAUCGCUCGAUCGUCAUGUUCUGCUUGGAAGAAACGACAACCGUCUAGUAGCAAAUGGCAUGACAACGGGGAUGACGACGAUGAUGAUGACGGCGGCGGCAGCGGCAAGUUGAGUCCAAAACAAGCGUCUGCUCGUACUGUCCCUGGUUCUGUAGCAUCGGGGCUGUCGUCCGGCGCGUCGACGCGGGGGCAGCGCAACGCCGGAGCAGCCGAGAAAAUCCCUUCUUUGCAGCAGCACAACACAGAGCUCAACUCGCGUCUGCUUCUCCUCGAUUUCCUGUUCAACGGAAGAUCGAUUCGGCACGUCGCUUCUGCUCGACAACCCCUGACUGGCAGCAUCACCAGCCUCGUUGCGCAGAGCAAUCGACGUCACUUGGCCUUGCAACGGCAGCGAGACAAGCCUCGACGUCACCUGCGCAACCUCGUGAUAUGGAAGCGAUCGACAGAUACGAUCUGCAACCAUGAUCUGCAACCAAGAUCUGCAACGCUCGCUUCCGUCGUUGGUGCAACGCUGCGUGGAAAAUCAAAACAUCAUGACGACAAUGGCGGCAGAGGGUAG